AUGGUGUCCCAAAAGACUGUGGCUGCCCUGCUGGUGGUGCAUGUGGCUACCAUGCUGACCUCCCAGACAGAAGCCUUUGUUCCCAUCUUCACCUACAGUGAAUUCCAGGGAUACCAAGAAAGGGAGCAGAACAAAGGGCAAAAGAAAUUCCUGAGCGUGCAGCAGAGGUCUGAGAAGACAAAGUCUCUGGACCCCAUGGAGCCCACAGAGGAAGAAGAAAGCAAAGGUAUCAAGCUGACUGCUCCUGUGGAAAUUGGAAUGAGUACGGACUCCAGGCAGCUGGAAAAGUACCGGGCCGCCCUGGAAGGGCUGCUGAGCAAGAUGCUGCUGUCCACCCUGAAUGGUAUGGGGGUGGGGUAUCCUCCUCCCACCCUGGUUUUAAUAUUCCAGGAGCACCAUCUGAGCAGGGCAGGUUUUAGAAGGAGGUUUCCUAAGCAGACAGCUGACACUGCUGAUCUACAGACCUUCGCUUUUCUUCCCCAGCAGCUGAGUGACAAACCCUGCUCCAGGAAGAAGGUGGACUGA